AUGGCAUUACACUUUCAAAUGAUUCUACCUAUCUCAUUGGUUCUUGUCAUCAUUUUAUCAGGUGAAAGAACAUGUGAAUCAGCAAGAGUAUUUAUUAUAGUAAACUAUUGCAAGGAGACUCUUUGGUCAGCUGUAUUCCUGGGUGAAAAUUUCAACGGCGGAGGAUUCGUCCUUAAACAAGGACAAUCCUCCGUACUCAACGCUCCAGUCAGUUGGAGCGGACGAAUUUGGGCUCGAACAGGUUGCAACUUCGACCAAAACGGAGACGGACAAUGCCAAAUCGCUGCAUGCAGGACCACUUAAAAAUGUGGAGGCGCGGGAAAAACCCCGGCGUCACUAGCCGAAUUCACGCUCGCUAACCCUGACUUCUACGAUGUUAGUCUCGUCGAUGGCUUCAACGUAUCGAUUUUCGUUAAGCCGAUAAACAGAAAAAGAAACUGCUCGACGGCAGGCUGCGAUUCCGAUCUUAAAUCAACCUGUCCCAAAGAACUUUCCGUUAAGUCUAACAGAAAGACCGUCGGGUGCCGAAGUGCUUGUGAUGUGUUUGAUACAGAUGAGUAUUGCUGUAGAGGGAAUUUCGGAAACCCUUCGACUUGUAAACCGACAUUUUAUUCGAAGAAAUUCAAGGAGGCUUGUCCAACUUCUUAUAGUUAUGCUUAUGAUGAUCCAACUAGUAUUUUCACAUGCACUGGAACAGAUUAUAUCAUUGCUUUCUGUGCUGACAGGAAAAAACAGAUGUGCACUUACCAUGAUCAUAACCUUAAGUGUAGUGGAUCACAGGGCUUGAAGUUGUUGAUUGGAAGGUGGUGGAUGGGAAUAUUCAUAAUGGUGUUUUCAGUUCUUGGAUUCUAA